GCGGGACGCGGCUCUCCUCCCAGCCGAGCGCUGGGUCCUGGCAGACGCCCCAAGAUUGUUGUGAGGAGUCUAGCCAGUUGGUGAGCGCUGUAAUCUGAACCAGCUGUGUCCAGACUGAGGCCCCAUUUGCAUUGUUUAACAUACUUAGAAAAUGAAGUGUUCAUUUUUAAAAUUCCUCCUCCAAUUGGUUUAAUGCUGAAUUACUGAAAAGGGCUAAGCAAAACCAGGUGCUUUCUCUGUGGGCUCUCCAGUGGCUCGGAGGACCCAGGCUCUCCCCUUGUCCUCCCCACGACUGGCUCGUCCCCCUGGAAUAAAAUACGGGCGAGCCCCAAGGGCCCAGAGGGAGCCGAAGUUCAGGGCCGGCUCCGAGGUCCUGCGCAGCCAACUUUUUCUUUUUCCCCUUUGUUGCUCCUGCUCACACAUCUUGGACAUGCCAGGAUUAAAAAGGAUCCUCACUGUUACCAUUCUGGCCCUCUGUCUUCCGAGUCCUGGGAAUGCACAGCAACAGUGUACUAACGGCUUCGAUCUGGACCGCUCGUCAGGACAGUGUUUAGAUAUUGAUGAAUGCCGGACCAUCCCUGAGGCCUGCCGAGGAGACAUGAUGUGUGUUAACCAAAACGGCGGGUAUUUAUGCAUCCCCCGAACAAACCCAGUGUACCGAGGGCCUUACUCGAACCCCUACUCGAACCCCUACUCAAGUCCGUAUCCUGCAGCGGCCCCACCGCUCUCAGCUCCAAACUACCCCACAAUUUCGAGGCCUCUCAUCUGCCGCUUUGGAUAUCAGAUGGAUGAAAGCAACCAGUGUGUGGAUGUGGACGAGUGUGCAACGGAUUCUCACCAGUGCAAUCCUACCCAGAUUUGCAUCAACACGGAAGGAGGGUAUACCUGCUCCUGCACUGAUGGCUAUUGGCUUCUGGAAGGCCAGUGCUUAGACAUUGAUGAAUGUCGCUACGGCUAUUGCCAGCAGCUUUGUGCGAAUGUUCCUGGAUCCUAUUCCUGCACCUGCAACCCUGGUUUUACCCUCAACGAGGAUGGAAGGUCUUGCCAAGACGUGAACGAGUGUGCCACUGAGAACCCCUGUGUGCAAACCUGUGUCAACACCUAUGGCUCUUUCAUCUGCCGCUGUGAUCCAGGAUAUGAACUUGAGGAUGACGGUGUUCAUUGCAGUGAUAUGGAUGAGUGCAGCUUCUCUGAGUUCCUCUGCCAGCACGAGUGUGUGAAUCAGCCCGGCACGUACUUCUGCUCCUGUCCCCCUGGAUACAUUCUUUUGGAUGACAACCGAAGCUGCCAAGAUAUCAACGAGUGUGAGCACGGAAACCACACGUGUAACCUGCAGCAGACUUGCUACAAUUUGCAGGGGGGCUUCAAGUGCAUUGACCCCAUCCGCUGCGAGGAGCCUUAUCUGCGGAUCAGCGAUAACCGCUGUAUGUGUCCUGCUGAGAAUCCUGGCUGCAGAGACCAGCCCUUUACCAUCCUGUACCGGGAUAUGGAUGUGGUGUCAGGACGCUCCGUUCCUGCUGACAUCUUCCAAAUGCAAGCCACGACCCGCUACCCUGGGGCUUAUUACAUUUUCCAGAUCAAGUCUGGGAAUGAGGGCAGAGAAUUCUAUAUGCGGCAAACCGGUCCCAUCAGUGCCACCCUGGUGAUGACACGCCCCAUCAAAGGGCCAAGGGACAUCCAGCUGGACUUGGAAAUGAUCACUGUCAACACCGUCAUCAACUUCAGAGGCAGCUCCGUGAUCCGACUGCGGAUAUACGUGUCCCAGUACCCGUUCUGAGCCCCGGGCUGGGGGGCCGCUGACACUGCCUCUCAACAGCACCAAGGGACAGGAGAAGAGAAGAAACGAGAGGGAGAGUAAAGUGGGACAGAUGUUACGCUUUUCUUGCUGACCGUCUCCCGAGGAGUCGGCCCCGAUGUCCUGAGCCUGCCUGUAGCAUGGUAGACCCGUCACUCUGAAGGACAUGCUUCCCCUAGUUCUUACGACGCAGUUAUCGGAAAGUAUUAUUGGCACCCUGACCUGAGAUCGACGGUGAUUUUUCAAGGCCUUCAGUUUCUUUUCAUAUUUUUCGAAGGAAAUAGAUUAGGCUCGCUGGGGUCUGAGUCCAUGUUCAAAGACUGUGAACAGCUUCCUGUCACCUGUUCCACGCCUUCUUUCUGUCCCUUGCCGAUCGCUUCUUUGCCGAGGCCCCCAGAGAGCUCACCGGGCCCCCUGGCUGUAGCUAGUUAGCUUCUUGUAUGCACAGAGAAGGCUAUGGAAAGAAACCCCAGCAGGGUCUAAGGGUUUUUAAAGAGUCUAUUUCCAAACCAUGUGUGGCAUUUUCGGCCAUCAAAGAAGUUAUCGGUGUCCUUAAAUUUGUAUAACUGUUUAAUCCUUUCUUGUGCAUUUUGAGUAUUUUUUUUUUAAAAUUAAGUGAUAGGAUUCCUUAAAAAGGCCUUAAGAUACAUGUUAUGUUCUGACUUCCCAAACCCAGUCUCCUCUCCAUUUUACCCCAGUGUUUUCUUCAAGGACCCCUUGAUCAUGUUUCUUUAGAAUUUUUGCCCAACUGGGUUGGAAGGCAGAGGUCUCUAAACUGAUUAAAUAUUUG